GGUUAAGUGUUUACUGGAUGUAACUCAAAAUAAGCUUUUGAAUUUAGACCCAAUAGCCUGUCUUUUAGAAAGGCAUCCUAAAAUAUCUCCAGACAACCUAAAUAAAGCUGAAAAUCUGAUUGACUGCUUGGCUACGGAGGUGAUGAAGCGUAUAACCUCUUCUCACCAAGCUAUAGUUUACAACGUCCCAGAUUCUCUGCCCCUGAAAACUGUAAGACACAAAAUCCUGAUUUGUUGCGGCAUGGCUAGUGUUCCAUGUGAAUGCAAACGACUUCGUAAAAAGUCUAACCAGGCUAAUUGCCCAAUCAUUUUUAAAUUCAGUAAUUCCCUUGAUGCUAGUAAGUUUACUAAAUGUCAGGAUCACUUAAGACUGAAUAGCAGUUAUAAGUCUAUAACCGUAGCUCAGGAUAAAACACCGUGUCAGCGCAGAAUAAUGCGUAGUAAUAACCUGGUCACCUCCUCUAGCUUAGAUUUACCAAAUAAGGAUCGUGCACAGCAACAGACACCUAGUGCUGAAACUAGCAUUCAGCAAACUACACAACAACCACACCUGCCAAUGGAACUAGGAACUGAUUUAGAUACCAGUACCCCUGUAAAUAAAGCCUCAUCGAAAGAUGUUAAAAUGACUAGAACUUCUGCAAGUUGUUCUAAGAAAUUUCCCCCCAAACGUAGUAACCUCACCACGAUGAACAAAUUUCGCAGGGUUGAGACUAAUGAUGGGGAAGAAUACUUUGUAUUCAAUAAGCCUGCUGAGAGUAAGAAUGCCAACAAACCAUCACUUGUUACGAAAAACUCCUCUCGAAACAUAAGUACAUCUGGAGGUGUUCCGCAUGCUCCACCUUAUAGAAAGUCAGGCUCCAAGACUCCUAAAGUCUUGCAGCCAAAGCACCUUCCUUCACAAUUCCCUUUAAGUUAUAAAAACAACCCGAAGGUGUAUACCGGUAUGACGAAUAGCAGUUGGAUGGGUAGACCUUCUGAUGCUAUGCCUUUUAACCGUCAACCUAGGCCCAACCUGUACUACCCUUAUAUCCAGGAACACAUGGUAAAUUUUCCAGGUGUCCCGAAUCACUGGUACGACCCAUGGCACCUAGGACCACCUCAUUGCACUCCAACCCGAUGUACAGACACCCAGUCCGACCUCCUUUUCAUUCAUAAAUUCUUGCGGUGCUGACGCACAAAUAGAUUUAGGUUAUGGUGACAUUUUAAGCCAGUUUGUAGUAUCCCGUGACUUAUUCACGAUAUUGCUAAUUAAUGCACGUUCCUUAAUCAAUAAGAUAUCUGAACUAAGGACAUUAUUAUUAGUCGCCAAGCCUACUGUAGCUCUGAUUACUGAAUCAUGGUGCUCAUCCUCUGUACUUGAUGUGCAUAUAGGUAUCGAUGAUUACACUGUACACCGUGCAAACAGAGAUUGCAAGCGUGGUGGAGGAUGUCUCAUAUAUAUACAUAGCUCAUUUGUAGUCAGUAAGGUGGAAGAUGAAACAAUGAAUAAUGUACCUGACUCACUCUGGGUUGUCUUACAUGGAGAUAAGUACAAACUUCUCAUAGGCUGUGUUUAUCGAGCACCAAGCUCAACAAAAGAAAC